CCCGGAUCUCUGACAAGUCACCUGCCCAACCAUCGAUACACGACCGUCGCGCAAACGGGACGCAAACAAACAUGUUUGACAACGGGCGACCAGGUCGCAAAAAUGGUGCGUUCCUCAGCCUCGCUUGCUUGCCUGCUUGUGCAUCCCUCUGGCCGGCGGCAAAUUACGCACAUCGAGCUGACACUCGCUCUUAUCUGGCCGGCGGAAAAUUUCCCAUUAUUUUCCUUUACCCUUUCUCUGGCGAUCUGGUCUCACUUUACACCUAUCGCAGCGGUGAUCAUCAUGAUAGGCCUCGGCUUGCUGGGACUGCUGACAGGGUGCCUAGCCGCCGCAAACGCUGCCAAGUGGAAUUCAGCGGAGCAAGAUUUGUUCGUGGGGCCGAUUUCGAUCAUCAGCCCACGCGGCGCGUCUGGCUACCUCGCUUUUGUCGCCUUUGUCACUUUCUUCACCGCCGCCGUCGCCUUCCCGCUGAUUGGGCACGAUGUCGCGAUGCUCGCGUCGUCGCUCGCCUGGCUCGUCAUCGCCGUCACAUACUCGUUCCUCUGGCUCACCGCCGCCGCUGCGCUCUCCGGCACGCAGGGAGAGCUCCCCUGCGGCGGCAAGUUGUCCUACUUUGGCAUCCCCUGCGCGCUUGGUAACGCCACGCUCGCCUUCUCUUGGAUUGGCUGGGUCGUCACCAUCGCCAACGUCAUCGCCGCAGGGCUCUACUACUGGAAGCGCAACGACAUCGUCCCCGGCUCGCGCCCCUGGCGCAGAUCUUACAUCACCGAGAGCUCACCCGCUUCGGCCAACAAGCUCGGAUCUAUCAGCAGACCGCAGCCGCAGGGUACGCCGCUCGAGGAGGUCGGAUACAAUAGCUACCAGACCAGGCUCCAAUGA